AUGAUGUAACCUUUACAACUUGAAGAUCCUUUUUCAGAGGAAAUAUAAGUAGAUGAUGAAGAAGUAAUCUAUUUAUAUAUUCUUAGAUAAGAAGGAUUAUAAAUACCUUCAAUAUUGANGUUACAUGUAAUGGUUUGGAUCCUAUACUGAUUGUGAAAUGCACAAUAAUAAUGAACUAUUUAAAUUUAGAAGAGGAAAAUUUGUGCUUUAAAGAAAUGCUAUUUAUAGUUAAUAGAUUGAACAACAUUUUAGUAAAGAGUUUGAACUGA